CUGCCUCAGAAGAACAGAUGAAGGGCUGGAGACCUUUGCACACUGGGUGGUUUUCUCUCGUAGAAAACAGAGGCCUCCACCGAUACUGUUCCUCAUCACUGAGGACGUGUGAGUCAUGUUACCACGUAAAUCACUUGAAGAAGCGCCUAGAAAUGAGUUUGUACUGUUCCAUUUGAAGCAACUGGGUAUGAACACAGACGUCCGUGAUGUCACUUCCUCUUUCAGGUCGCGAACUGCGCGUGGUGAUGAACACCAAUGACCCCGACUAUGAGCACAUCUACUCCAUUGAGUCCUACGACGAACCUCUGGAAGAGCUGCUGUACUUCACUCCCUCUGCCAACCAGAGUGAUGGUGAAACUGUUGGUGACGUUCCAAAGAAAAGAGACGGUAUUAAACCGGAUCGAUCCACCGGAGGUGAAAUACUGACAGCAGCACAAGUCGGUGGUCAGAAAACAGUUUCACUUAAAAAAGCAGGCAAAUCAAUACGGUCGAAAAGAAGCAUCGCCUUGGAAGGUAAACAAAAAGAAGUCUGCCUGCUGCCCAUGGAGGAGGGCAGCUGUGGGCGCUACACGCUGCAGUGGUACUUCAACAGUCAGGCUCGCGCUUGUCGGCCUUUCAUCUACAGUGGCUGCGAAGGAAAUGACAACCGCUUCCCGCAACUGGAGGCCUGUGAGGAAGUCUGCCUGGGCAAGGCAGAAGGUGCUACAUCGACAAAGACAACCUUGUGAUCAAGACUGAAACUCAGCCUCUUGUGUCGUCUCUGUUUCAAGUGGCGUUGUCUUUGAUUUUGUUUAUUUAUGUUGUUCUUUGAACUAAACCGUUCCAUCUUCUCACACACACACACACACACACACACACACACACACACCGGCCUGCUAAAAUCCAUGGAGUAUUUACACCAUAAUUACAGAAGAAGCUUUGUAGGACAACAUUUGAAUCUAUGUGUGGCAGCGACACUGAGUUCCUGAUGCAAAUAAUGUGGACGUGACAAGAGACCAGAGUGUUGACACGCCGAUUGGAAUUAGCCAUUGAAGUACAUGAUACAAGGCAGCAAUACUCCCAACAAUAGAAUUUACAUUGAUAUGGCGUAAAAAUACCUAAUACCUACGACUACUUUAGUAGCUCCUCUAAGUUCAAGACCUGGGUCUGGUGUCAAGGGAUGGAGGGAGGAUGCUUGAUAGAUCAGGUGGUGAAGAGAGAGCUGAGUUGAUGGGGGACGUUGUGACCAUUGAUCUCCUGAGGUCACAGACUUGGCUGGUAACUCAAGAUCACAGAUGCAAGUGGCUGAACUGGGUAUUCUACUCUGGUUGGAGUCUCUCUUCCAGAUGAUGUGAAGAGAGUGAGGUCGUCAUGGCAACUGGUAGGAGGCAGAGACGAUGGAGAGGUGAUGUCUCACAGUUGACCUGGGAACUCUCUGAGGAGAGGUCCAGGCUUCUUUACUUCAGCAGCUGCGCCCACCACCUGAUCUUAAACAUGCUCUAUGAAAUGGAUGGAAAAACAAAACGCUUUUCUUAGUUUGUGACUACAAUAUUUGCAUUGAGGGGAAGACGCACCAAUGUUGAUGUUUCACUUUAAUAUCUUGGAAGGUCCAUCUGUGCUUUCAUUUGUCUUUGUGCCAUAAGCCAUUGUAAAAUAACAAAACUAAGAUGUGCUUAGACUAGCGUCUGUAUCAUACUGGUGGCAAAGGUUUGAUCAAUAUUUAUGGAUAUAGUAUCAUUUUUAAUAAGUACAAAAAAAGUGAAGCGUUGUUAGAUACGUAACUUAGCUGAGCUUCAGUCGAAACAAAGAAAAUAUAGCUGAAAAAAAAACAGAUGAUAAGACAAAAGGAAUCAUAUUUUAAAAUGUUCACUUUAUUUUUUUAUAUUUUCAGAAGUGACACUGAUAUCAGUAUUUUAAAUCGUUGCCGUCUAAUCCGACCCUGCAUGUGAGUUCCUGUUGAAUUAAACUGUAAUUAUUUGAGAACCAAAGAGUGUCAGUAAAACCCACUGCUUUUGUUGACCCCAUAAGAAACCGUUGAGUCAACAUGGUGUACAAUACUUUUGUUUUGUUAAAUACUGUCCAGUUCUGUUGUUUACCUGCAGGAAAAAAAAAGGUGCUAAAUAUUUGAUACAAAUGUUUAAAGCUUGUCUGUCUGUCAUGUGAGGGGAAAUUUUGCA